AUGUAUUUGGGCUUGUCCUAUUAUGAGGUCCGACAGUCUUAUAGUAAAGUUGGCACUCAAUACCUAAACGUUGACGUGGACAUUGAAGCAGGUGAAGAAGCUUCUAGUACUGACGGGAUAAUCGAAUUAGAACAAAUCGAGUAUGCAGAAAGUGAAACAUCAGUUCAAUUAGCAGAAGAAGACUUUAUGGAUGUUGAUGUAGUUUUGGAAGAUUUGAAGAAAGAUGAUAAAAUUGAAGCUAUUUUGCCUAUUUCACCUAACUUGAAGGAUAUUUCUGAAAGGAUUAGUUUAGCAAAAGUGGCAGAAGAAAAAGAAAAAAUUGCAAAGGAGGAGAAAGGUGACAAAAAAAUUUUUUAA